CAGAGGACUGAUCAGCAACGCUACAAAAAGUCAGAGAAAGUCUGAAGCUUCAGGGAUCCCUAUGUUAGGAACCAUCUCACUUUUAGAAGACGUGGAAUUCCAGUUUCACGUGCCAUCUGCUGGUCCGCGCUCUGAAUAUCUGGAGGAACUAAACUUCAACUGACCAAACGACACCAUGGCUAACUGCGACUUGAUGGAUGACAAGAACUCUGUGGAUAUUCAUGACGACCCCCCUCCCCCCGAUAAUGUGAUGAAAGAGGAGGACAACACGGUUUAUUUCAUAUAUGAUGAGGAAGUAGAGGUGGAAGAAAAAGAGGAACUUCCUGUAGAACCAGUGAGACCAGUCAACGACAGCCCUCACAAGUUUAAGGACCAUUACUGCAAGAAGCCAAAGUUCUGUGACGUCUGCGCUCGCAUGAUAGUUUUAAACAACAAGUUUGCAUUGCGAUGUAAGAACUGCAAAACCAACAUCCACCACCAGUGUCAGUCCUAUGUGGAGUACCAGAAGUGUUUUGGAAAAAUUCCUCCAGGAUUCAGGAGAGCGUACAGUUCUCCUCUGUACAGCACUCAGCAGAAUGCCACCGUCUCACAGCUGCUGCCCUUUUGUGAGUCCAACUUGUCACAGUCAAACCGCACCGACCCAGUGUUUGAGACGCUGCGUAUCGGUGUGAUCAUGGCCAACAAGGAGCGUAAAAAAGGGUCAGAUGAGAAGAAGAAUGUGAGUAUGAUGAUGGAGGAGGAUGAUGAGUCCCAGCCAAAACAGGAGGGUGAAGAAGGGGAAGAAGCAAACACAGAAGGAGACAAGGCUGCAAGUAAAAAGUUCAAUGCAGGGAAGAUGGGCGUGUUCAGUACGGCUCACUACUACAUGGCUCUGUACCGCUUCAAAGCCAUAGAGAAGGAUGAUCUGGACGUUCAUGCUGGUGACCGCAUCACAGUGCUAGAUGACUCCAAUGAGGAAUGGUGGAAGGGGAAGAUCAGAGAGAGAACCGGCUUCUUCCCGGCCAACUACAUCAUCCGAGUGCGAGCAGGAGAGGGGGUCUACACUGUCACUCGCUCCUUUGUCGGCAACAAGGAGAGGGGCCAAAUCACUCUGAAGAAAGACCAGAUUGUAGUAAAGAAAGGGGAGGAGGUAAACGGCUACCUGAAGGUCAGCACAGGACGGAAGCUCGGCUUCUUCCCCUCCAACCUGCUGCAGGAGAUCUGAGGAGGAGACAGGUGUCAGCUCUCAUCUCAGUUUCUUCACCGGCUUUUUUCUGCAACAGUUUUCUUCUAACGCAACACUCUCGACUUGAAUUUUGGUUUCAAAACACUUUUUUUUCUUAUGUCUAAACGCACAACCUUACAAGGCAACUCUGCACAAUACAAUUCCGAUGAAUUUACUCAGAGUGCGAGAAGCCAUGUGUUAAAAAGGGAGAUACAUAACAAAGUAAAAGUGUAAAGGUUUAGUCUACAAACAUGUAAGUGUUUUACCUCUUUGAACCUGUGUGCAGCACACAGGUCACUUUCAGUCAUUUUGUUAUAACGCUUAUUUUGUAUUUCAGAUAUAUUCUGACAAUGUCACUGAAAGUGCAUUUUUAUAUUCCAGGACUUGCUUUAUCAAGGAGCUCUUGUUUUAAGUUUUUUUUGUAUUGCACUUUUUGUUAACUAUACUGUGUAUUAAGCAUGCUUUUGUGAUUAUUAUAAAAGGAGGAGGUUGUCGAAGAUCUUUCUGUGAACACCAUCAUUGAGUCAUUGAGCCUUUCCUUGAAGAAUAUGAGGCUUGGAUUAUUUUGUUGGGCUGCUGUUCCUUUUUCACAGCUAUUUCAACAAUAAUAUUUUACACACUAUUGUAUGUAAACUGAUCAUGUAUUACUGGUUCUAAACCAGUUCUGAACACUAGAGACACACAUUUGUAGGCACAUUUAACAUGCUGUUAGCAUGGACAGGACAGCAAGUAUUCUCCCAAUCCCCAUCAAUGGGAUGUAAUGCCAAAUGCACUGCACCUGUAGCUUUUAUACCAUUUUAAAUAUGUGACAUUUUAUCAAACGUAUCACCUCACAUGUGCAUUUAAAUGUAGGUAUCAUCAUGACAGUAGUGAAAAACAAAACCUUUUCAGAUUACCAUUAAA